CCCUCAGGCUACCUUGAGUUUACCCGAUUGUCUUCCGGUCAAGCUCUCUCGCACGAGGUGACCCGACUGCCUUCCGGUCAAGCUCUUCCUGCAGGAGAAUCAUGCUGAGCAAAUUCCUGGCUCUGCUGGCGUGGGCGGGGCUCUACAGGGUGGGCCUCGAGAUCCUCAAUGCCGAGGCUCCUCUCCCCAGGGGCUCCGUCUCGCCCUCUGACGCCGUUGAUUUGACUUCAAGGCUUAUGCAACAGCUCGUGGACGGCUGGGUGAGCCAGGACGGGCGGCAAGUGGCGUACUCGGCCCUGGAGCAAAGUCCCUUCUACAAGAGAGACUUUCAGGAGUUCCGCUCUCUCCUGAAGGCGGUGGACCCGGCCCGGAUGCAGGAGGUGGAGAGAAAGACAUUUUUCAUCAACCUGUACAACCUGCUGACCAUCGACGCCAUCCUCAGCAUGGACUCCCUCCCUCGAAGUACCCUCAGCGUGACGGAGUUCUGGCGACGUUACGGCUACCAGGUGGGGCCCUACACGCUCCAUCUGGACGACAUCGAACACGGCAUUCUUAGAGGAAACCGAGCUCACCCAACCUCUGGCGAUGUGAUGUUUGCCUCAGACGAUCCUCGCCGGGUCCUCACGCUUCCAGCUGAUCACCGCAUCCACUCCGUCCUCAACUGCGGCGCUGCGAGCUGCCCGCCCCUCGCCUCGUAUUUCGCCUCCGACCUGGACCGAAAGCUGGACACUUCCAUGGGCAACCUGUGCCGGAAUGGUGUCACGUCCAUCAACAAGUCAACUAUCAUCAUCAACUCCAUCUUCGAGUGGUUCAGGAGCGACUUUGGUGCCACGGAACAAGAUGCCCUCAGAUUCCUGGCGACCUGCUCCGAUGACCCGGCCAGGAGCAGCGCCCUCAAUGCUGCUGCAGAUGGGAGGCGCCGAUACACCUACUACUACGAUUGGUCUCUUAAUAAUAUGUAGAGACAACUGUCACGUAAAUUGGGUCCUCAACAACAGCGACGUUAAGGACGACAACAGCUGAGCAAAUAAGGUUGCUGUAGUAUAUACUCACCUUCCCUUCAUGUACAAAGUAGAUAUUUGUUGUAUUUGGAGUUUAGAGUUCCGCCGGUGCUGUGCUUUUUGUAGAGAUGUUUUUUAUGUUUUUUUAAUGUUUGUUCUAAAGCCCUUUUGAGUAGCAGAACCUUUUGGGUAUAAUGUGUUUAUAUUUCGAUUCAUGUCUUUUUUAAUGUUUUGUGCUUUGUUAAUUCAUGUUGACUUAUAUGUCUUCUUUAAAUGUUUUGUCCUUUGUUGAUCCAUGUAUGUCCCUAUCUCAUCCCUUGUUCGUUGUCUUGAUGUAUGUUUUUAUAUCCAUUGCUUAAUAAAGAUAUACACACAAAUUACAUG